AAGAAAUAUGUCCCGCGCGCCACGCCGUCUGUUUCCAAGGUAACCCUAGCACCUCUUAGCAACUGCGCUCGCAACUGGGACCGGUUCUCCCUGCAGUUAGCGCUGCCAUGGCGGCGGCAGGUCCCAGCGUCUUCCUACUCAUGGUCAACGGGCAGGUGGAGAGCGCCCAGUUUCCAGAGUACAACGACCUCUACUGCAAGUACUGCUUCGUGUACGGGCAGGACUGGGCUCCCACGGCGGGUUUGGAGGAGGGGAUCUCGCAGAUCACAUCCAAAAGCCAAGAUGUGCAGGGAGCACUGGUGUGGAACUUCCCCAUCGAUGUCACCUUUAAAAGCACCAACCCCUAUGGCUGGCCGCAGAUGGUGCUCAGCGUGUACGGACCGGACGUUUUUGGGAACGACGUGGUCCGUGGUUAUGGGAUGGUACACGUGCCCUUCUCACCUGGCCGGCACAAGAGCACCAUCCCCAUGUUUGUCCCAGAAUCUACAUCUAAACUGCAGAAGUUUACAAGCUGGUUCAUGGGACGGCGGCCCGAGUACACAGACCCCAAGGUGGUGGCUCAGGGUGAAGGCCGGGAAGUGACCCGGGUCCGCUCCCAGGGCUUCGUCACCCUCCUCUUCAACGUAGUCACCAAGGACAUGAGGAAGCUGGGCUAUGACAUGGGGCCUGUGGACUCACAGGGCGUCUCAGGGCCCACCCUGCCCCAGAAUGUCCUCUGGUGAGGGCUCUGGCUGCUGCCCCAUCUGGCGUUGCAGGCCCAGCGGCUCUUCUUGAUGCUACCGCUUCGGAAAGUGGACCAGAAGCACAGCCUUGAGAACGUUUUUAUAAUA